CACUCUUUUAGGGCCAGGCUUAAGAGGAAACUUCUGAUGAAAAAAUUCCACCAGACGAGGUGCAGAAACCAAUAACCAGGCUGAAGGGUCUGGUGAGGAGGCUGCCAGGAAGAACACAGGAGUAGGCGUGAAGGCUUCGAUUUGUACAGUGGGCAAGACAGGCUGUGCAGAACAGGAACCUGGGGUAAUACAAGGGACAGAGGGCACUGUAGGAUGUAUGGGGACAGGACAGGGGACAGAAGGCACUGUAGGGUGUAGGGGGGCAGGACAAGGGACAGAGGGUACAGUAGCUACUAAUGUGGAAACCACAGCUGGGUCCAAAGCAGCUCUAGGGAGUUUUGGGGUCUCAGCAUGCAGGGCACAUGAAUCUAGGAACUCAGAUGGUACAGAGGUCACAGAUGUUGGGACCUCCACCCACCCAGAAGGUAGCGACAUAAGAGCUCUAAGCUGCACUGUAUGU